UUGACAUUUUUUUUUAAAUAUAUAUAUAUAUAUAUAUAUCUGAAGAAAUAGCCUUCUUCUCUCCCGCGUGGGCACAUGCAGGAGGAGACUUAGAGAUGCCAGCCAGCAACCCGGGGACACUUGACGAGGAUGGAGAUUUAAAAUAUGAAUGGACUGGACCUUAUCUGGAGGACUAUUUUCUGAACGACAAAUAAUUUGCAUUCAUUGCCAGAGAGAAGGUGUGGCACCGUCGCGUAUCUGAGCUGCCCGUGGCACGUGGAUGGAUGACUUUUGUGCGAACAUAAGAAAGAGCCGAGAGUACGUGUAACUUUAUAUGCCACACGUGAUUCCCGCACAAUAGCCCGGCAAUUCAUUCCCAUCGCCUUUAAGUGGCAGACUCUCGUUGGGCUCUUGUGGAACUCGAAAUGGUGCGCUUAAUGUUUCGUUUAGGACACGCCGGUACCGACGGUACCUGCGGGACAUAAAUUUACAGCGGCGAUUCAAAAGCAGCUCGGGCUGUGGGCCAGUGAUGCCGGACACAUUAACACUUGUAAAGAACCGGACAGAGCCACGGCUGGGGCAGCUAGAUCGCACCCUGGCCACAGAGGGGACCGCCCGCCCCGCCUGGGUCAUUGCAAUCCUGGCCAGUGUUUUGAUCUUCACCACGGUGGUUGACGUGCUGGGGAACCUGCUGGUGAUCAUCUCGGUGUUCAGGAACCGCAAGCUGAGGAACGCGGGUAAUGUGUUUGUGGUGAGUCUGGCAUUUGCUGACCUUGUGGUAGCCUUCUACCCCUACCCUCUGGUUCUCUACGCUCUUUUCCAUGAUGGAUGGGCUCUGGGAAACACACAAUGCAUGGUCAGUGGUUUCCUUAUGGGGCUCAGUGUCAUCGGUUCCAUUUUCAACAUCACUGGAAUUGCGGUGAACAGAUACUGCUAUAUCUGCCACUCAUUCGCAUACAGUCGGCUAUACAGCUAUCGCAACACUUUGAUGUUUGUUGCCUUAAUUUGGCUGCUCACCGUAGUGGCCAUUGUCCCGAAUUUCUUCGUUGGUUCCCUGCGUUAUGACCCGCGGGUUUACUCCUGCACCUUCGCCCAGAAUGUCAGCAGUUCCUACACAGUGGCAGUAGUGGUGGUUCACUUUCUGGUUCCCAUUGCUGUGGUUACCUUUUGUUAUUUACGCAUUUGGGUACUUGUUAUUCAGGUGCGUCGUAAAGUGAAGACAGAAGAAAGCCCUCGCCUGAGACCGAGUGACUUGCGGAAUUUCAUCACCAUGUUUGUGGUAUUUGUGUUGUUUGCCAUUUGCUGGGCCCCACUUAACCUGAUUGGCUUGGCAGUGGCGAUUGAUCCGUCCCGCGUGGCUCCUCGUAUCCCUGAGUGGCUUUUUGUAGUCAGCUACUUUAUGGCCUACUUCAACAGCUGUCUGAACGCCAUAAUCUAUGGCUUACUGAACCGAAAUUUCAGGAAUGAGUACAAACGCAUUGUCACCUCCGUCUGGGUGACUCGGCUCUUCGUGACGGAGACUUCACGAGCCGCCACGGACGGAAGGAGCAUGAGGAGCAAGCAAUCGCCGCCUCCGCCGCUCAAUAACAACGAGUCAGUCAGAGAUCGCACAAACAAAGAAUGAAGUCUGAAUUCUUGAGCCUAUUAAAUGGUAAUUCCUGUUUUGUGUUACAUCCAGGUAGUUGUGCAGCUAAAGAGUAUUAAGUAAUGAAUGAAACUGAAAGACAUGGCUUUGUUUUCUUGUAGUUUACCAAGUUAUGAAGAAUUCUAUCAUUUAAACUCAGAGUUUUUACCAGUGAUGGGUUUUAAUAACUGUGAUUUGCGUCAAUGGAGCAAAACCCUUUAGAGAUUAUAUCUGACAGCUAAGCCAUGUAUUGCAGUUUCAUGUUGUUAUUACUCUAACAAUCUGAAUGACACAUUACUAAAAUGUGAUAUCCUUUAAUGUCUGCUGCUGUAGACUUUAAGACAUAAUUCACCAAACUGGGUGGCCAAUGGUAACCAUACACUUCUCUUUAGUAACUUCAGAAGCCUCAAAUCGUAAAACUCGCCUCACCUGAACGUCAGAUUAGUACAAGAGGAAAUGAUGUCUCACUGUUGAUAAUAUACAGUAUAAUAUCAGUUUGAUAGAGUUUUAUAUGGUGAAAGUGCUAAGCCUAAAUGCUGCAGUAGCAUAAUACUUAAUAUUGCCUGGUUUGACCUUCUUGCACUGCGAACAACAGGAAACAAAAUCUUAGUAAUAAACAUGACAAAUUAAUUCAGGUGAUGGAUGGCACAAAACAAGUUGAGAGAAAAACUAGCAUCAAACCAUGUAAUAUGUGCUAAUUAACAUAUCUGUUUUAUUUUAGUGCACAUGAUGUAGCUUGUGGAGGAUACCUGUGUGUCUGCUAAUGCUGCUCAACCAAUCAGUCACUCAACAAAUAAGCUAUGCUUCAUAUCUACUACAGUUGGUGUGUUGUGGCUAUUUAGGCUUCUUGCAAUACCGAAGAAAAUACUUCCAAACUUAUACUUAUAAAUUAGAGAAAUUUCUAUAAGUUCUAUAAAUGUGAAAUAAAACUUAUAAAAAAAAUUACAUAAGGUGACCAGAAAUGGUCAUUUUGCAUCAUAAUCAGUUUUGAUACUACAGAUAUUAUGUUAUAGUGAAUCUUUUGUACUUUUGCUAAGGUAGAAACUCAGUACACACAGCAUUAAAUCCAUCUAAAUCUACAGAAAUAAAAGUGCAAUGCAAUAACUUAUUCAGUUUCAUCAAAUAUCCAAGUGCAGCAAAUGGACAGUUCCCUGUGGACACUUUCCUAUGCAAUUCAAAACACACUGUGCGUUCCAAUCCAAGUUCUCCAACAUAAGUUGCAUCUGAAAACAGUAUUAAGUCAACUCAGCUAGUUCCUAACCUUAGCACAUCCAUAUUUCAAGAAGAUGUCAUGGUAUAUUUCUGAUUUGCCGCACUGCUGCUCUCUAGACCGCAUAAUAACAAAAAGACUGAGACACACAACAAGUUCAUGAAGCUGUUCUCCCUUCACUGCUAAAGCCCUGCGAAUGCAGCAAGCAGUUUAGACUGGGCUCAGGUUCCUCUGCCUCCUACAUCAUAUGCUGUGCAGUACGAUGUAGUGGUGAUAUGUUUAUUUAUGCUGAAAUACUUAUGCAAAGCUUUAGCUUUUCAUUUAAUAGGUAAUUUAGUAUCUUUGUUUAUUAAUGCUGUUCGUGAUAAUUUUUUAUUUAGAAAAGAAAAAAGCUGAAUUCACCAUGGAUACACGUCAAUGCUUUCAUUGUGGAAAGUAAAACAAAGAGAAGCAAUGAGAGUACAUUAGUGAAAUGUAAGGAGCGGGUCACUUGCUUGUAUUAAAUUUGACAGGAUGACACUCAUUGCCUCUUAUCAGUGAACAGUGUUUUAUACAUCGUAGAUGUCUGAGUAAGUUCUGUUCAUAUCCGUUUUCCCAUCUCAGGGUGCCUACUGAACAUUUUUCUUGUGAUAUGUUUUGUUGUCCAAAACAUUUGCAGUUCAUUAGCUACCUUACGAGGGAGUCCGAAGACAUUUCUAAGGGAUAUUUUGUAAAUUAGUGUUAGUGUUGUUUUUACCUGUGCUAUGAUGUUAUCAGAGAUGUAUUAAAAUGUGUUUUUUUAUGUAUAUUUGAAACUCAACAACCCCACAUCAUAACUAUAUUAUUGGAUUCGUUUUAUCAUCUCUUCCCAUUAACCCCAUUAUAGUGCAUCUAAAACAACCUCUAAGGUAACUGACACGAACAUUGCAUCACUAAAAAAAAUUCUAAGACUGGUGAAAUAAGAUGUGCAUUAAAAUGUAACAGAUUUGUUUUUCUACUUUUCUCUGACAUUUAAAUGCACUGUUGGUGCACAUUCAUGUGUUCCUAUACAGGGUGAAGUGUGCAAAGCCAGACUCUCACAGAUGCCGAGCUCAAAGUUAUACCACAAAGACAGAAGUGUAAACCUUACAGACAGAGAGGGAAUAUUUCAAAGCAAACACUGAAAUAUGUGGUGCAGAAAAGGGAAGGGGGAAGAAAAGCAGUGGUUUAUUAUUUUGUGUUUGAAAGGAAAACAUAUGGAGGGACUGUGCGGCUUCUUUGGGAACAGAGGAAUUGGGAAGGUCAGUUCCCCAUCAGGGAAGCAGAAGUGGUGCCCAGGUCACUGGAGGGAAGAAAAAGUUGUAAAAACAACAACUAGAAAGGCGAUGCUGGUAUUGACAGAGAAAACUAAUCUGGAGAGUGUUUUAGAUGCACUUGGAGGGAGCUAAAGACUUCAGUUCAAACCAAAGAAAUGGAUGUAGGUGAAGGGGGUUAUGUGCACAUACACUUUAUCAUGAUGUUGCUGGGGGACAUUUUUAGAAUACCUUCAGUCCCUAAAGUUUUUCUUUUUGUUUUUUCUUCAAUUUAAAACUACUGCCUUAUAGUUAAUACAAUCGUGUCAAACUUUUAAAUAUUAUACGGCAAGUGCCAUAGUGUCUAUUAGUAAUGAACCCAUUCAGCAAACCUGGUUUGCCUCCAUACUGCUUCUUUUUUAUGUAUUCAGGACAGCUGUCUAUAGAAAGUUUUCUCUGCAGCAUUGCACAUAAGUUCAUAUGCAGACCUCAGGCAGGAGACUAAAUUGCUGAAACACAAGAACAAGUGUUAUCUUUUUUUUUUCCUUUGUGUCUUUGUCUUGUAUACACUAGGGCAAAAUUAUGUAGCUUUGUUCAUUUAUGUUCCCUGCGCUCACAGUGUGGGCCUAUUUCUCCAUGCCACCAAAUAUUACACAUUCCUUGAUAAAUUAAUGGUUUGCUGUAAUUAAAAUGCUGUUUUCCAUCACCUACAGCACAACCUCACAGCUUUACUUUUAAAACCAGCCACCAUACUGCAGUUUCUCAUCGGGCUUUACCACAUGCCAGCAAGGUGGCUCAUCAAUCCUCUUAAAUCAUGUAAAUUGUAUGAUGAGUUUUUACAUUGGCAUGGUAACAGAUAACUAUCUUGAAUGCACAGCUAUUCCUAGAGGUUCUUAUAUUAAAGGCAUCCUACUUUUUGAUCACCAUGCUGGACUGUGUUUGCACCAGGUGAGAUGCUGCAGCAAAGGGAUAAAUUGGUGCAUUCCAGCAGAAGUUAUCAGUGCGACUGUGCUACGUGUAAUUGUAGACGAAUCAAAACAACAUUUUAAAUUCUGAGUCACACAACUUUGGAAUUGAAAAAGCUAUUUUCGGCUUACUUAUGAAUGAUUUACAUACAAUUUUACCUCAAAAAGUGAAGACGCAAAGUAAACAGUGAAGAUCGUCACGCUGUUUUUCAUUGGAAGAUUAAAGCCAAGGUUUCUGUGUGCAACUAAUCACUUUGAGUGCAGUGCUAAAUGAGAUGGCACACACUGUCUGUCUGUCAGUAUGGUGUUGGAGUCUCUCUCACACCUUCCCCAAAUGCUGUACGCAAUAUUAACGCACUAUUGACUUUCUAGUAAAAGAGGAAUGUCCUAAUCAUUUUAAAUGAUCAUUUCCACAAUGUGAUCUGUAGCGUGAGCCCAGGUGCCAGUUUGCAAAAAGCGAAUACCCAUUUGGCAGUGUAAACACAUUCAUCAUUCAUUCGCUUUACAUCUUUCAACAGAUGGGUUUCCAAAUUACAGGCUACUACACAGAUCACAAGAUAUUCCCAAAUCAUAACUUGAUGAAGUCAAAAUUUCAUAAAAUUAAAUGAAUCAGAGUGAAACACUCAUGUGGUGAAUACACUUAUUAAAGUUGUUACUCGUUAAGCCUUCAUAGCCUUUUAAUGACUGCUGUGCAGCAGGCUGGCAAGCAAAUAUUGAAAAAGGUAUCCACAAAAUCUGAGCUACAAGCCUACAUGACACAUUAUGCCUCAUAUAAAGUUUUUAUUGAUUGAGGGAUGUUGGCACAUGAUGAACACGUUAACCCUGAGAUGUCACUGUUCCUGUCUUUUAUUUUGAUCUGCACAAAUUUCUUAAACAGCAUUCAGUUUUGCAUGUGUGUGAGUGCGUGUCUGUGUGUCACUAAUAGAUUAUUUAAGAGCAUGACAACACCAGCCGAAAAGGACGAAAGACUGCUCAAAUUACGAGCAAAGCACUUUCUCAAAGAUGAAAAUAAAAUGAUAGGCCUUGGGAACAUAACUGAAUGCACUUACAGUAUCCUGUAAAGGACAUAAAAAAAAAUCAAACCACAAAAAGAGAGAGAGAAAAAAAAAAACCUUGUGUAUGCACCUUUUGCACUGUUUACAUAUAAGAAACCCUAUAUGUGUCAUUUACAACUGUGACUACGACAACAAUAAUUAAAUAUUUGCAAAGCACAAGUGCUUUUCAACCGAUUAACUUUUACGCUCAGUGGCCACUUAAUCGUCUGCAGCUCAUUAGACACUUUUCAUUUGUCUGCUGCCAGCAGUGAUGAACUCAAUCAUCUAAAUCUUUUCAAUCUUACAAAAGAAGUUGUGCUCAUGCUGACCAGGUGCUGCAAAAGAUGGAGAAUUCAUAAACAGUUUGUAACUAUUUAAAUGUGGCAACUGACUGUGUAUCUUAAUGUCCUAAAUGGCUUUUGUGAAUUUUUAAAUGCUUUAUUACUUUUUUUUUUGGUGUGAAACGCCACCAGAUUGAGCAGGACAGUUGCUAUGUUACAUUUCAGGCGUGUAGCCACUUGACUACUUGUGUCAUGAUAAAUGUUUUCUGUUCCAGAGGCUGUGUGAAUGUGCAUGCUUGUCUGAUGUUAUUUAUGACCGACACUAAUUGGCAUGAAUUCACAAAUGGGGGCAGGAUGCCCAGAGGUCUGAGUCUGAGUAACCAAAGGGAAAUCUGUGGAAUGUAACGAAAUUUAAAAUUUCAUCACAAAAAAAAAAAAA